AUGGACAAGGAAUAUUUACAAACAGUGAAAGUAGUACUUAUAUUAUGUUCCUGCUUCUUUUCAUAUGGUAUCUAUUGGGCUGAUUGGGCAUUUGAUUAUUAUUUGUUGUGGUCUAAUUCAACUCAACAAGCAGAAGCUAUUUCACGAGCAACAUUCUACUAUGCGAAUCAAGCACAAAUCCCUAAUAUUUUACAGUAUGUGCCCAUUAUUAAUUUAUUUAUUGCAGCAGUGGGUUUUGCUACAGGACUAUUAACAGUGACGGAUGGUAGUUUAUUAUUUGAUGGUGCUUCAUUAGUCUUAAUGUUCUUUGGUCUAUUUACUUACUUAACUACGGUAAAGCCAGCGAUCCAAACUAUUGUUGAAUCAACGAAUAUGAAUAAGAUUACUGCCUCUUUAAAGAAUAUUGCAGCAGCUCAUUUUAUAAUAGUAUUAGCCAUUACAGGUAUUAUUGGAUUACAAAUUACACAUUAUUUUGUUCUUAAAAAACCCAGUAAGGAGGAAGCAGAGGCAGACAUGGACGAAGAAAUUGAAGAAGAUGAGGAAAAAGAGUAUGAAAAAAAGACAGAAUAA